AUUGAACAUCGCGUUCCCCCACCAUUUUGCCUAUUUGGGAUUAUGAGGUAUAGAAUAUUUUACAGCCAACUUUGAACAUAUCACUACCACAUAUUCCACCAAUUAACUAUCAAAUAUGGAUGGUACAACUGUCAAAUCGGUACAUACUAACCAUCACCAACUGGUAGGUUUACAAACUGCCUGGCUUCUAGCCACUUUAGGUUCAAAAGUUGGAUCUAGGAAAGUUCUUAAGUCUGAUAUUGUAAGUCUCUCUAUUCCUCGACUUUGUCAAGAAUUACUUGAAAGUCAUAGUAAUAAUAAUGGUAAUGGUAAUGGUAAUGUUAAUAAUUCUACUCAAACUAAUCGAAUUCGUUAUUCAUCUAAUAUUUUAUAUGGAAUCUCCAUUGCCUAUAAAUCAAAAGUUAAUUACUUCUUACAAGAUAUAGGAUUUAUGAAGAAUCAAUUAAGUAGAGAGUUUCUGAUGUUUAAAUUAUCCAAUUCUCAUUCUCUUAUGAAUCCCUUAACUAUUGAAGAUUGGUCAAAUAAUAAUAAUAAUAAUACUAAGGGAAAUCAUGCUCUGGUAUUCUUACCCAAUGAUCCUACUUUUAAUAUCAAUUCAGAUUUGGUCCCUUUAAUAGAUUUCAUGUUUGAAGAAGAAGAAAUAAAUGCUAGUGUAAAGAGAAGGAAAUUGGAUAUUAAGAGUUUAGAUCAAGAUUAUUUCCCUGAUUCGAUAUCUCUAAACCAAACCCAUUAUGAUAAUACAUUGACUCAGAAUUCCCUUUUCACUUCAUUUAAUAAUCAGACUUCGAUAACUCAUGAUGAAAUGCUUGAAGGUUUCUUAGAUAGAAGUCUUGACCUAAGUACUGCUAGUAACUCUGCAAAUACCAGUAUGAACUCAGAUAUUAAUCUAGAAUUUAAUGAAGAGGGUCAGUUGAUCGAUAUGAAUGUAAAUAAAGAAGGGAAUGCUCAACCAGUAACAGAGCCAAACUAUGGAGAAUUAAUUGAUAAUUUUGAUCUUGAACCGAUUCUAGAAAAUGUCGAUGAUGAUAUUGAUAACAGUAAAUAUCAAGAGAGUAGAAGUAUUAGCAACGAUGAAGAUUUCGGUCUUUCAAACUCAACAGAAGGUAUUGGAGCUCAAUUACAAGGUUUGGAACUAAAUAUUUCUCAAUCCAAAAGAGUAAAAAUAUCUAGAGGUAAGAAACAUAAGCUAGUUAUUGAUCCGAUUGAUGAUUUGACGAUUUCUACUGACAUAAUUCUUCAAUAUGUCAAUAAUUAUGAAAUCAAUAUGGCAAAUCAGAUCAAUAAACCAAAUUUAGACCAUAAAUUACUUUUGGCUAUCUGGACACAGAUCAAUGAAGAGCUUACAUCUCGUUACAUUAAUGCUGCUAGUAGAAUCACCCUUAGUAAGACUUUAUUGUCUAUUUUUAGGGCUGAUGAUUUUACAAAUGAUCCCAGAUCAAAUCUGUUUAAUUCUAUGAUUAAAGAGAUAUCCAACUAUAAUAAAGUAGAUAAUUUGGUUUCACUUCAUGAUUUAGAUGAUGAAAUUGGGAGAAAUAUCGCAGCAAGAAGAAGAGAUGAGAAUGAUCCUGAUUCACCAUUAGAAGAUCAAGAUUUACUAGGUGAUAUAGAAUUUACUUCAGGUGAUUAUGAAGAAGAGCAACGUGCUGAUAAUUCUACCGAUGUGUUUGAUCUAUCAUUCGGGAGUAAAGAUACAUACAUUAGAAGCAGCAGUAGAGCUGGAAGUAAUGAAGAAUUAGAAGAAUUAGAUGAUGAAAAUGAGUUUAUAUUGAAUAUGAAUCAAUUGGUUAAGUUCUUAGAUUUAUUGAAAUCUAGGUGUCAAAAAUGGGGAGUCACAUUUAAUCUGAGUGACUACAAUUUCAAUAAUUUAGGAUCUCAUAGUAUAAUUUCAAAUCAUGAUUCUAACUCCGAAACACAAGAAUUAACUAAAAUUAAAUUUAGUGAUUUUAUUCCAAAUAUUGAAACUGCUAGAGAUUUAGAAGAGAGUUCAGUUACUAGAAAAUUGGUGGCUAAUUCAUUUUCCAUGAUUCUUACACUAGCCACUAGAAAUGUCAUAGGUAUAUCUUUAAACGAGAGUAAUGACGAAAUAGAUCAUGAAAAUAAAGUUACCUCCGGAAAGUCAAUUGAAUUGGUUGUAAACUGUAAUUAGUUGCUGCCAACUGCUUCAAAAUAUUUUUGCUAUUGCUCAUAUAUUUUUUGCAAGUUAUGUGAUA